ACAUAUAUCUGAUAUUUAUUGCCGACGUUAAUAAUAACAUAUUUAUAAUUAAAUAGGUAAAUGUUUGUAGCGAUAAAACUGUCUAUUGUUUUUUUUUUCUGAGUAAUCUACUCUAUGUAACUUCUAUUUUUGUUUUCUUUUUUUUAAGAAAGACGGCUAGCAAGCACUCGGUUUACCUGAUUAUCUACGUUAUUACCACAACCAAUAGAAGCUACAAUUCUACGAAUACAAUUCGACUAUGAAUAAUAAAGAGUAUAAUUAUCUACUUGGAAUUAUUUUUGACGUUCAAGUAAAUAUUUAUACAGUCGGCACAGUAUUGUUUUCAUAGCACAUAGUAUCAAUGGUACCAAAUAAUAAGCGGAAAAUCAAUCUCGCAACUCACUGAUGAUAGUAAAAAAUGAAUGUACGACUAUGUACAAGGUUAAAGGACCUAAGAAGCGAUCAGUUCACCAGAGCGGUCAUGUUCUACCACUCGUGUGUAAUGGUGUACAAGAGUGUAUUCGUCUUAAUUCUAUCAUUAUGUACCUGCCACAGUCAAUUGUUGGCUGACAGAUUAUUCCCGAACUUGGCAGCGUCGACGCGGGAAAUAACAAAUACUCUUACGAACCAUUCGCUUUUCAAAUUCCUCACGAAAACCGCCGGUGACGUCUUCGCCGAUACAGUUUACAGCAUCACCAGAAUACCGGUCGCCGUGGUCCGAGCAAUCGGCUCUAUAGAGGUACCGAGCAUCAUAAAUGUCAGAAAUAAUGUUGAUAUGGAUCGUAUCCUAGCUGAAUACGCGUCUGGAUUAGCCAACGAAGAUGCUACACUCAGCGUUGAUAAGCUAAUCGUGAAAUAUGGACAUCCAGUGGAAAAACACGAAGUCAUUACUGAGGAUGGCUAUGUCCUGACCAUGUUCCGGAUACCGGGGAAUGGCUCUGUCGUUUUCCUCAUGCAUGGAUUGCUCGGAAGCGCUGAUGAUUACGUGAUAGCAGGCCCAGAGAGUAGUUUAGCUUGCCUGUUAGCUAACGACGGAUACGAUGUGUGGCUGGGCAACGCUAGAGGCAACAAACAUUCGCGUCGGCACAUCAGUCUUGCGCCUUCAGAGGCUCUAUUUUGGGAUUUUUCCUGGCACGAGAUAGGCAAUUAUGAUUUACCAGCCAUGAUCGACUAUACUCUGAACACGACCGAUAAAAAGUCCUUGCAGUAUAUCGGUCAUUCACAGGGAACAACGAGCUUUUUCGUUAUGGGAUCUCAGAGGCCGGAGUACAAUGCGAAAAUCGAUCUUAUGAUUGCUCUAUCGCCAGUUUCUUACAUGUCACAUCAGAGAUCGCCACCCGUCAGGCUGAUGGCUCCUGGGACGUCCAUUAUAGACACGACGCUAAAAAGUUUUGGUGUGUACGAGAUUCUACCGGAUAGUCAAAUAUUUCGUAUUUUAAGAAGAUUAAUGUGCGGCGUUGGCCCUUUAUCACAGGUCUUGUGUAGUAACGCUUUAUUAUUAACGGUUGGCUUUGGUUUUUCUGAACUGAACGUUACGAAUCUGCCGGUGAUAUAUGGGCAUGUGCCUUCUGGAGCAUCAGUGAAACAGCUUGCUCAUUUUGGCCAGGAGAUUCUAUCGGGGGAGUUCAGGCAAUACGAUUACGGUCCAAAAGAGAAUAAAAGGAAAUAUGGGAGCGUUACACCACCGAAUUAUCCAGUGGAGAAGAUUUCUGCUCCCGUAUCGUUGUUUUACAGCAAUGACGACUGGAUGUCACAUCCUGAAGAUGUCGAUAAAUUAUAUAAAAGGUUGGUAAACUGUAUCGACAUAUACAAAAUACCUCACGAACAGUUCAACCAUUUGGAUUUCAUAUGGGCGAAAAAUUUUAAAAGUAUUAUAUUUAAAAGAGUAAAGAAACUAUUAAAAGCUUUUACUUGAAUCGAACAAUUUUUAAAUGGCUUCAAAAAGGAAGAGUUUCCCAAUGGAAUUGUGUUUUGUUGAUUAUUGUGUUGUUGAGUGAUAUUUUCUUUAAUUGAUUGUGACUCGAUGUUGAUGAUUAUUUUUCACAGUGAAAGGAACCGGUGGAUAAAUUUUAGCUUGUGUAAAAGUGUAAACAUGAGAUGAAAUACAGAAGUUUUUUAUCAACAAGUUUCGAGGAAGUGUUCUAUUAGGACUCAAACUGUGUUUUUUUUUUUAAAACAACAAAAGGUAUUUUGGGCCAUCUUCUGAAUUAGUUCUAAAUUAGUAUGGCAAGAUAAAGAUUGUGUAGCACAAAAAAACAUACUUCAAUUGUGAUAAAAUCACUUAUUUUGAUCCAAAAACUGAAUUACUAAUUCGAUUUUGAUAAAAAUUGUAUGUGACCAAUCUGUAAGUAUAUCCUUUCAGAUCAAAAGAACAAUUUUCCAAAUCGGUUUAGAACUAUCGUAGUUAUGACGUAACAGACAUAAAAAAAUGACUGAGUUGUAAACCUCCUUCUUUAUGAAAUCGGUUGAAAACAAUUUUUAGUUUAUGUUUCCUCGAUUAAUUCGACUGAGACCCGAACCCGGAACCACAUUUAGGGACAGCAAUUUACAUUAGAGCUAUUUGGUGCUGCGCUAGGACGUGUGACGGUCAUCAGCAUUAUAAUUAGGUAUAUAACUUAGGUUAACUUAACCAUCACGCAAGUAACCUUGCAAAGUUAAUAAUUUGAGACGAAUUAAAAAUUAAAUUUGCAUUAAGUUUUAUCAUUAGCUGUACAAUUUUUUAUUUAUUCCAUUAUCAUCCAUUUAGAAAAAAACAUAUUCACUAAUGAAUCAAUCACGAUGGUUUCCAGGGGGAACCGCGAGG